AUGCAUCACGACAAGGCUGUUGAUGGUAUGAAACAAAAACCAGAGAUCAUCCUUCAUUAUAAUGCUACUAAGAGCGGCGUAGAUAACAUGGAUCAUUUGGCCUGCAUCUACUCUUGCAAACGAAAAAUCAACAGGUGGCCAAUGGUCCUGUUCUUCAACAAGCUUGACACAGCUGCCAUUGUCAGUUUCGUGAUCUGGAUGUGCAAUAACCCUGAUUGGAACAAGUCAUCCAAAGCGAUACGGCGUCGCCAGUUCAUCGUGAGUCUCGGGGAGUCUCUUGUCGAGCCACUGAUUAAAAGACGUUUGGACAAUGCAGCCCAGCUCAGAAGACCGAUCAUGGAUGCAAUCCAACUUCUAGAGCUGGACUCUGGAGAACUAGAAGCAGGAACUGAGAGACCAGCUAAAAUGAAGAAGACACAGGGACGUUGUCACCUGUGCCCGCGAUUCACAGCUGCUGCCUCUUUGGUUUCUUUGGCUUGGGCUUUGGCAUCCUACCAGAAGGCUCUUCGUGACUCCAGAGAUGACAAAAAACCCAUUAGCUACCUGGCAGUCAUCAUUCAGUUCUGCUGGCACUUCUUCACGAUCGCUGCUCGCGUCAUCACAUUUGCACUCUUUGCCUCAGUAUUUCAGCUCUAUUUUGGCAUCUUCAUCGUUUUGCACUGGUGCAUCAUGACCUUCUGGAUUGUCCACUGCGAGACUGAAUUCUGCAUCACAAAAUGGGAGGAGAUUGUUUUCGAUAUGGUCGUGGGGAUCAUCUAUAUUUUUAGUUGGUUUAAUGUCAAGGAGGGAAGGACCCGUUGCCGGUUAUUCAUCUACUACUUUGUGAUACUUUUGGAAAAUACUGCUUUGAGCGCCCUAUGGUACUUGUACCGGGUUCCCCAUAGCACAGAUUCAUUUGCCAUCCCUGCACUCUGUGUCAUCUUUAGCAGUUUCCUGACUGGAAUAGUUUUCAUGCUUAUGUACUAUGCCUUUUUUCACCCCAAUGGACCCAAGUUUGGGCAGUCGCCAAGCUGUACACUUGAGGACCCAACCACCACCUUUACCUUACCCCCAGAAGCUGCAGCUAAUGCACUGAGGGCUGUUUCGCAAAAUCGGGGGGCACCGGUGAUGGCCGAGAGGGACCCUAAAUACACUGAGAGAGACGGCUGUGUUCCUGUCUUUCAGGUGAGGCCCACCGCUCCCUCAACCCCUUCCUCUCGCACACCACGGAUAGAGGAAACAGUUAUUAAAAUAGACCUGUUCAGGAACAGAUAUCCAGCAUGGGAGAGGCAUGUGUUGGACAGAAGUAUACGUAAGGCCAUCUUGGCCUUUGAAUGUUCGCCCGCACCUCCACGAUUACAGUAUAAAGACGAUGCUCUUGUGCAAGAGCGCCUGGAGUAUGAGACAACACUGUAGCUCCAGGGACAAAUUGAAAACUAACAGGGCAUCUAAAGUGGGGGCAGCAGGACGGUGGCAAUAAGAAUCACAGUAGAUCUCUACUUUCAGCAAGGCAAUCCGUGAUGUUGAUUGUCAUGGACGCAAGUUGUGGCACCACAUACAGUAGCAUCCAUUUUGGAAAUUUUAUUUUGGAAACUCUGCUCAGUUUGGUUCUUUUUGAAGUGGAAGAGCGAAGGCCUGGCAGGGACAAAUAUUCAGUAAAAGUCUUAUUGGUUUUAAAGGAGCAUCUGAUAUUCAUGAAAAUGUGAACAAAAUUUUCAGUCUGUCCUCACAAAGACAAAUUGGCCAAGUCCCUGGUGAUCACCAAGCUCACAGUUAAAAAGAUGAGGCCAUCUUUCUUUAAGGGUUAAACACAAUUUAUUCGAAUGGUUUUGCCUCCCAGAUUCAUGUGGUGCCCAGUUACCAGGCUUGCUAGGUCAUUUUGAACGCUGCAAUGAACUUGUUCUUUGUCUACAUAAUGCAGGCUAUAGGUUGAGGUCUGCACAACUUUAUUAAAUAUCCUCAAAAAACAAUAUUAAAAAUUGCUCAUUUCAAAUAUACAGAAACAGCCACGAGAAAACAGUAGGUUUCAUUGUGAAACUAGUGGGGGACCAAAUUCAGAUUUGCUAAAGAUUCAUGCUGUCCACAAGCUAGCUACUUCUCCUUCAAGCCUCAUAAUGCUGGCCUACGUGUGUGACUAAAUACGCUAAUGGCCAAGCCCUUCUAGUGCCAAAUGUUCUGUAACUGAAGGACCUUUCUAGACUUUGCAUUAUCAAAGGGUGCCAGCGGUGAGAGCAAUCAGGACACUGAAGUGUGCAUGUUGGAAUAUACCUUUUACUUGAAUUUCGGGGGCCAUGUUAGAAAUCCUGAAGAGAUGCUGCUCAAAAACAAAAACCCACCUCUUUCAACAGGCUCAGAUACGUUCUGAUGUUUCAUCUACAAGAGGAGAGGGAUGAAAUGGAAGAACGCUUGGGCAGCUUGGAUACACAACCUCAUUUGUCAGUGUUGCAGCAUUUAUUGGGAGUCAAGUCGUCAAAUUUGGCUUUCUGGGAUCACAGAAAUAUUGCCCAUGGAUCAGUUAAAGAUGCAUCAUUCCUUUUCAGUGGAAUUAUUUGGCCAUUUGUUUUAAGUUUCACACUGAUACUGUGUCAGUAAACGUUUCAGGAGGGGAACAAAAAUUGUUUAUUUUGUUUGUUUUUUUUUUUUGUUUUGUUUUUUAACUUAACUGCUAAUCCUAUAUAAAUUAUGCAUAUUCAGAGCACACACAAUUGUUGUGUUGCUCUGCUCAACAACGUUAACAUUAUAGGGCUGAAACCACUUGCCAUGGUGCAACUGCCUGCGACGAUUACCGCUAAAUGCAGCCACCUUCCCCUCCAGAGUGGAUCAUAUUCUUGGAAGAACAGGAUUGAAUAAUUCAGUAGGACGGUGAGCAACUCAGAGUCAUAUCUCAAAAAAUAUCACAUUUGGGUCCUGUUUGUACUUAAUAGCAUUUUUUUUAACGAAUGCUGCAUCUUUAUAUUUAGGAAUGAAUUCUGCAAACGGACAACAGGCGAUCGAUCCUUCAGGUUGAGUUUUGAAUUCACAUCUGUUAUCUCUAAGCAAGAUGCAAAAAAAACAAACAACACCGACACAACAUGGAAGAUUGCAAGCACAACAUGUCAGCAAGAAGAGUCACAACACAGCAGCCCCUGUGUUUAAGAGCUAAUUAUGUUAAGUUUGGGGGGCAAAGUAGGGCAAAGAGCCAUUUUAUAAAGUUUAAAGAGAGGCGAGAAAUGUGACAGGCGGCCCUCCUCAAAUAAUUUGAAAACUUGCUCAACUUGAAGGGGUG